AUAAAGUUGAAUCGCCACCUCUCUUAAACUGUUUCAACAUAAACUGAACGUUAUAACAAUCCUGAAGUGGGAUUUAUUGCAGGACUGUUCUAUUUGACUGCAUUCGUUUUCGCUAGGUGUACCUAAUAUACUGGCAACUUGAAAUUCUCCCUUCCUCCAUGUGUUUUAGGGACAGGAGGACAAAUCCAGCAUACCUCUUGUCCUCAGCUCCAAAACAGACCUGUCCCCCACAGACCCCAUGUGUCUGGCCCGGUUAAGGAGGGUAUCAGUGGUGUUGGUGGAUUUCACCAGGACACAAGGACGGCAAGGGAAGAAGGAAGAGCACCAUGAAGAACAGCCAGAGACCCGUAAGAGAUCAGACACACACACACACACACACACACACACACACAAAUACACACUCUCAGCCCAAGACCCAUAAGAGAUUCAGUACUCCAGUAUAUUUCAUACAGCAGCUCUCCACAGCUAAUGUGGUAUAGAUAGUUUUUGAUGUUUGUGUGUCUGCUUUUUUUUUUUUGUAAAACAGGAAAAGGAUCAUCUCCCUCAUCCUCGGAGUUCCCAGCAUCCCCCUCCAUCUCGCGCACACAGACAAAGAAAUCCAAAAACUACUCCUGUUCUUUGUGUGGCAAAACCUUCCACUGUUGGUCUAGGCUCAGGCUUCAUCAAUAUGCUCACACCGGAGAGAAGCCGUACCACUGCACUCAGUGUGGCAGGAGUUUUACUGAGGCGGGGAGUCUCAAACGGCACGGACGCAUUCACACCGGAGAGAGGCCGUACCACUGCACUCAGUGUGGCAAGAGUUUUACUGAGGCGGUGAGUCUCAAACGGCACCGACACAUUCACACCGGAGAGAGGCCGUACCACUGCACUCAGUGUGGCAAGAGUUUCCAUCAAAGCGGACAUCUCAAACGACACCGACACAUUCACACCGGAGAGAGGCCGUACCACUGUACUCAUUGUGGCAAGAGUUUCCAUCAAAACGAACAUCUCAAACAACACCAGCACACUCACACAUUAGAGAGGCCGUACCACUGCACUCAGUGUGGCAAGAGUUUUACUGAGGCGCGGAGUCUCAAACGACACCGACGCAUACACACCGGAGAGAAGCCGUACAACUGCACUCAGUGUGGCAAGAGUUUUACUGAGGCGGAGCAUCUCAAACGACACGGACGCAUUCACACCGGAGAGAGGCCGUACCACUGCACUCAGUGUGGCAAGAGUUUUACUGAGGCAGGAGGUCUCAAACGACACCGACGCAUUCACACCGGAGAGAAGCCGUACAACUGCACUCAGUGUGGCAAGAGUUUUACUGAGGCAGGAGGUCUCAAACGACACGGACGCAUUCACAUCGGAGAGAGGCCGUCAAAACGUAAAUCUAAAAAGUAAUCAGCACACUCACACAUGAGAGAGGCUGUAUCAUGUUAAUUUUUAUUGCAUAAUAUAGACUAGAGUACAUAUGUUGGGGUGAUUGCAUAGUAUAGACUAGAGUAAAUAUGUUGGGCUGAUUGCAUAAUAUAGACUAGAGUAAAUAUGUUGGGCUGAUUGCAUAAUAUAGACUAGAGUAAAUAUGUUGGGGUGAUUGCAUAGUAUAGACUAGAGUAAAUAUGUUGGGCUGAUUGCAUAAUAUAGACUAGAGUAAAUAUGUUGGGGUGAUUCAAUAUUGAAUUGUGUGAAAAGACACCAAAGCACGCCAGUGGAAAAGGUUUAAAUUCCCCUUAAGCACUCACUUUACCGGCAAGCAUUAGUUAUAGACCAAACAGUGUUAUUCUUGUCCACGCAGUAAUAAAUCAAUAAAUAAAGACGCCCAAGAAGCACACAUUUUGUGUUAGACCUAUUGUGUUCUAUACCAUACUGUAUACUAUAUAUACUUGUUUAAUAUUUCAUAUCAGUUAAUUAUAGCACACUUAUCUCAACAUGUAGGCUACAUACAGUACCUAAAUAACUGGUUUCAUAGUCUCAUCGGACAUCAGACACUUUAAUCCAACUUAAACUGAGCUGCAGUAAAGCAGCAAAUAUUACAGACAAAACCAUAAUUAUUAUCACGAAAAGAAGCACAAGAGAGAGAGAGCGCUGAGGAAAAAAAAGUCAUUUAUUUAUUGCCUUCUCGGCAUCUAAGAGAUUGUGGUCAGUUCCACUGAAGUCUGACCCCCAGGCUGCAUGGGCACAGCCUCCUCCUCUGCUCUCCUGUCCA